GGGUGACAAAUCCACGCGGAGUCCGCUAAAUUUUUUUCCGUCGCCGCUGCCCGUUCUUGACGCGAUGGAUGACGAUGCGGCUCCCGUACCCCCAACUGCUUCUAGUCCGUCUUGUUUUUCUACGCGUUGAGGUCUAUUUGGGCUGCUGCUUCUUCUGGUGCUGCACCCGGUCAAGUCCGGAGCAGAGGAAGGAAGCGAGCGAGCGAGCGAGGAGGAGAGCAUCGAUCGGUGAGGGGAGAGAGGCAUGGCGGGGAGGUCGCGGUACGACAACCCCUUCGAGGAGGGCGGCGCCGACGAGGUCAACCCUUUCGCGGACCAAGCUAAAAGAGGAGCAUCAACCGCUCAGUCCAGCUAUUCCGGUGGCGCGUUCUACACAACGCAAUCACGCCCUGCUCCUCCGAGCACACGCCUUUCGCCUCUUCCCCCGGAACCUGCUGACUUCUACAAUGACUUUGCUACCCCGGUGGACAUCCCCAUGGACACAAACAAGGACAUGAAGACAAGGGAGAAGGACCUCCUGGCCAAGGAGGCUGAGUUAAACAGGCGUGAAAAGGAAAUCAAAAGGAGAGAAGAGGCUGCAGCACGAGCUGGCAUUGUAUUGGAAGAUAAAAACUGGCCACCGUUUUUUCCCAUCAUUCAUCAUGAUAUUGGGAACGAGAUACCUGUCCAUUUGCAAAGAACACAGUACGUUGCGUUUGCAUCACUAUUAGGAUUGGUCUUGUGCCUGUUUUGGAACAUCAUCUGUGUUAGCGCUGCCUGGGCAAAAGGGUCAGGUCCUAAGAUAUGGUUUCUUGCAAUCAUAUACUUCAUUCUUGGAUGCCCCGGUGCCUACUUCCUAUGGUACCGACCACUUUACCGUGCCAUGAGGAAUGAGAGUGCCCUCAAAUUUGGGUGGUUUUUCCUCUUCUACUUGGUUCAUAUCGCCUUCUGCGUGUAUGCAGCUGUUUCUCCUUCAAUUCUCUUUGUGGGAAAAUCGUUGACCGGGAUUUUUCCAGCAAUCAGCUUGAUAGGCAGUAGCGUCAUUGUUGGGAUCUUUUACUUCGUUGGCUUUGGAUUGUUCUGCCUGGAGUCUUUGCUAAGCAUGUGGGUCAUUCAGCGUGUUUACCGGUACUUCCGGGGCAGCGGGAAAGAAGCGGAGAUGAAGCGGGAGGCAGCACGCGGCGCGGCGAGGGCAGCAUUUUGAUGAGCCGUAUAUAUGAGUAUACAGCACGUAUAAUGUUCAUAGUGUGAAGUGUUUGUAGAUCAACAGACAUGUAGAGUAGGGUUAGUGUGGUGUAAAUCUUCAGAAUUUAAUUUCCUUAUUUUCCACUGAGUGUUGAGCCCUUCAGCUUGAUCAGUCCUGUCAGUAUUAGAAUGGAGUAAAUGCACACAUGAACCUAGACGGCUUGUUGCAGCAUAUGUGCAACUUUUCUGUGCCACCUUUUAUCAGUUAUUAUUCUCCUUAGAUUUUAGCAAAAAUAAAGUUGUAACAAAAAUGCUGUCACUCAAGUUGAAUUACAUACAGGAUGUUGGGAGUUGGAUACUUGUGAA